AUGCCUAUCACUGAGAUUCCGUAUCCUAUUCUCUCGCAAUUCGGCUGCGCAGUGACAAAGACAACCGGAAUGCCGCCCCAACCACUAGAUGCGACGCCCGAGCAGAAGGCUCAGGUCGAUGAAGAGGACAGAACUCCCAAGCAGCUACCGAAGGGCGUAGUCUUGGGUCCUGAUGGCAAGCCGUACGUUAAGAGACAGUAG